GGCGGGACUAGGGAAAUAGGGGCUGGUUUUGUGCGCAGGGCGGCAGGUGUAGUGAUGAGGAGUGCAGCUCGGCGGGCUGGAGAGGGUGGCCCCGCACGGCAGCUCCGACAGCAGCCCGUUCUCAGGAGCAUGGCAGCGGCCCCGCCGCGCCGCUCCCCGCGCUGAGCCCUGCCGAGUCCGCGGUGCCACCGUCAGUGCCAUUGCCAUGCCUCCCCAGGAGCUGCUGGAUUACGCGCCCACCCUGCGGAGACACAGCCCGCCCCGGGGCAGCGGCCCGGAGCUGGGAAUCAAGUGCGUGCUGGUGGGCGAUGGCGCCGUGGGCAAGACCAGCCUGGUGGUCAGCUACACCACCAACGGGUACCCCGACGAGUACCAGCCCACCGCCCUCGACACCUUCUCCGUGCAGGUCCUCGUGGAUGGAGCCCCAGUCCGAAUUCAGCUGUGGGACACUGCUGGACAGGAGGACUUUGACUGUUUGCGCUCUCUUUGUUACCCUGACACCGACGUCUUCCUUGUCUGCUUCAGCGUGGUAAACCCAAGCUCCUUCCAAAACAUUACAGAGAAAUGGAUCCCUGAGAUACGAACUCACAACCCGCGGGCGCCAGUGCUGCUCGUGGGGACACAGGCGGACUUGAGGGACGAUGUCAAUGUCCUCAUCAGCCUGGAUCGCUACCACGUGAAGCCUGUGCCCCGGCCUCAGGCAGAAGGUCUAGCUGACAAAAUCCGGGCUGAAGCCUACCUGGAAUGCUCAGCACUGACCCAGAAGAACCUUAAAGAAGUUUUUGACAUGGCCAUUGUCAGCGGUGUUGAGCACAAGGCACGUCAGGAAAAGAAGAUGACUGCCAAAGGCAUCAAGACUCUCUCUAAGUGCCGCUGGAAGAAGUUCUUUUGCUUUGUCUGAAGGUGCUUUGAGGGAGGGGAAAAGAAACACCCAAUGCCAGUAUUGGCUCUGCCCCUUCUUGGAGUGACUGCUCCUGUGGCCCCAGCAAGGAAGGUAUGAUAAGCUGCUGGGCUUGGAAACCUGUCUCUUGCUGGGUACAGUAUCAGAUGCCAAGGAGACAUGAACUAGAUUUCCAUUGUGCUGAGAUGUGGAAUGGUUCAGGCAGCUGUAACACCUGCUGGACACGUCUGGAGUGUUCCAGACUAAUGGGAGCCUUUGGUACAUCUAGACUCAGUACCCCAGAACAGGCAGGUUCAAAAUGACCAGUUUUCUGGUUGAAGCUCACACACUUUCAGAGUUCUGAUGCAGCAUAAUAUACAUGAGGGACUUCUGAAAUCAGCCUGUGUUUUUGCUGAUUUACAGGCAUGGCAGAGAGUAGGGCAGGGGCAGUUACAUGCAACUGCAAUGUAGUCAGGCAUGGGGUGCAGAGUUUGUAACAUGAGACUUGGAUUUCCCCUCUGAUUCCAUUUGCCAAAAUAGGUAGAAUUCACUUGGCUGUGAAAAAGCAGCACUGUUUCUUAAAGGCCCUGUACUAGGAGUACUCUUGAGAAGUUAUUUCCUAAAUAAAGGCCAUUAGCAUGCUGAAGAGAAAAUGCACUGGGAGCUACAUUAAUGUUUUGAGCAAAACAUUCUCUGAGAGGACUCUCUAGUCUGCUGGGUGCAGGUGUUACAGUCCUAUCCUAAGAGGUAGUUGUGGACUUGGAGACCAACUUUGAAAGGCCUUUUGUGUGUGUGGUGUUUCGAAAGAAAGAACAGGUGAGGAAGAGUGAGGUGUGGCUCUGUCUAGCAGAGAAAAAACUGUGUCAGCAAAGGGUUUAUAACACUACCAAGAGGUCAAAUGUGGAUGGAGAGAGAAGGAAGAAAAGGAAGCAAAUAGAAAGGAGAAAGAUGGAAUUAAGAAAGGUAGAUGGAGAAGGAAUGAAGAAUGAAUGUUGUUAAAUUAAAGUUGUGAUUCUACUUAGUUGAGAUGGUAAUAUGCAGGGUAACCUUUAGGGACGUGAAAAUUUUGCUAGUGAGAAGGUUGUAGUGAGAGUUCCUCUUUAUUAGUAAAAUAAUUCAGAUUUACAGAUCAUUUCAGAUCUACACAGAAGAAUGUAAUUUACCUUGUACUGUUCUUCCUAAGGCUGCAGAACAGGAGCAGAGGACUCAGGGCUUCUUUCUGUUAUGCUUCCCUUUUUUAGAAGUCACAGCUUGAUCUGCUGAAAUAAAAAGCAAAGGAAAUCCAUUAAGUUUAUGCUGAAGAAAAUAAUUCCUUAAGUUUCACUCCCUUCCCCUCUCACCUGUUUCUCGGGGAAUUAAUACCUCAGAGAGCCUAUUCACGUUUUCUUUUAUUUUAUUACAGAACUUGCAGCAAUUUCUAAAUCUUCUUUUGCAGAGACAUUUCAUUUUCAUUUAUGUAGCAGAGAGCAUGACAGGUCUGUCAAGCGAUGCUUUUGAUACUCAGGGGAUUCUCUGCAUCUGGCCACAGCCCAUUGCUUUGAGGACACUCUGGAGUAAUGUGACAGAAAGAGAAAUAGCUGUGGAUGGUUUGCCCUAGACCAAAAGCAAGCAGAGGUGAGCUAGUGAGCCUGUAGCAAGGCAAAUGUGACUAAUGCAGUCUGGCUCCAAACAAAUGCUUCCCAACAGCUCUCACAGCCGGCUGGUUUUGUAGUGCAGCUUAUGUAGUUCCCAGGAUGUGAGAACAAGACUGCUGUCUCCCUGGGAAGUAUUGCAGGAUGAAAGAGGUGAAGUGUUCCUGGGAAGGAAAAUGGUCCACAGCCUUGGAGCUGCUUCUAGGGUAAGGCUCAGAGACCUGAAAAGGAUGGUGCAGCAAAAUGAGCUGAAUGUUGAAAGGACUCCUCCAACUGAAAUGCCAUUUGAGUCCAGUGAGGAGUCCUAAGAGAUGGUGAGCACAGAGACAGUAACUAGGAGUGAUCUGUCUGACACAGGUCUAGGUAGGACACCUGACAAAGCUCUCACUCAGCAAUGCAUCCCAGUGUGCAUGUCCUACCUGUGCAGGCACCUUUGCUGUAUCUCCAGUUCAGUUUGUCUGUUGGGUCUUUACACAUUUCUUUAGCCUGUGAGACCAAGGGCUGUGGUGUGACCUGCCAAAGAGCACGCCACAUCCCUGUGGAGCAGGUCCACAGGUGGAAAGAACACAAGCCUCCUUCCUGCCAAGGACAGCAAGGGUUGUCCUGCAGUAGCUUGGUAUGAAACAGGGGUUAUUUCAUUCUGGAAAAGAAACUGUACUGAGAGCUACUUUCAUUCUAUGUGAUUAUGUCUAAAAUUUGUUCAAAUAAAUUUUUUUAAUGUC